AGCCGGCCGAGCACGAUAAAAGUCCCGGCCCGCCGCCGCCACGGCUGCGAGGGAGCGCGGAGCCGCCGCCCGGGAGCCAUGCCAUGACUUCAGUGCCAGCCUCAGAUUCCUCUGGGCUCACCGUGGUUUUGAGUGCCGCGUUGGCAGGAAUUGGUGACGUUACGGUGUUGGCAGCAAGUGCCACCCUGAGUCCUCAGUCUCUGUGUGGGGGAGCCGUGCUCCUUCCUCCCACUUCUUGGACACCCACCCAGCCAGAUCCCAGUAAAAUCCAUGCUCUUUUCUCUCCCCAGCACAGUGUUGGACACACUCCAUGAGCCCUCCCAGCCUCAGCAGCCCAGAGCACCGGCGUGCCGCUCCAUGAUUUAGAGCAGGACUUUGUUACCAAGCUGACUAAGCAGUGGGAGCUGUCGCUGUCCUGCCACCACCAGGCCAGACAAUCCUUCCUUUGGCCGAAGAUCCCGUUGGCUCUCUUCCCAUAAUGGAAGCCUGAGUGCCAAAAUCCUCCAUGACCUCCAGAAGCCACAACUCCCUGCCGAGAACUCUGAUGGCUCCACGAAUGCUCUCUGAAGGUGCCCUGGGGGGCAUUGCCCAGAUCACCCCCUCGCUGUACCUGAGCCGGGGCAGCGUCGCCUCCAACCGGCACCUGCUGCUGUCCCGGGGCAUCACCUGCAUCAUCAACGCCACCAUCGAGAUCCCCAACUUCAACUGGCCCCAGUUUGAGUACGUCAAAGUGCCUUUGGCUGACAUGCCCAACGCUCCCAUCUCCCUGUACUUCGACAGCGUGGCCGACAAGAUCCAGAGCGUGGCUCGGAAGCACGGGGCCACGCUGGUGCACUGCGCCGCCGGCGUCAGCAGGUCGGCCACGCUCUGCAUCGCCUUCCUCAUGAAGUACCACAAGGUCUCCCUGUUCGAGGCCUACAACUGGGUCAAGUCACGGCGCCCCGUGAUCCGGCCCAACGUGGGCUUCUGGAGGCAGCUGAUAGACUACGAGAGGAAGCUCUUUGGGAAGACCACGGUUAAAAUGGUACAGACACCCUAUGGCAUCAUCCCAGACGUUUACGAGAGAGAGAGGAGACCCCUGAUGCCUUACUGGGGAAUUUAAUGGGACUGCAGACGGGAAGCACAACAGAAGGGACGUGAGCAGACUGGAGACAUUCCCUUCUCCUUCUACAGCCAACUUUGGUUCUUUACCACACAGCAGAACCUCAGUUCUCACCUCACUAACCUGCAAGGCCAACGAUUCCCUUCAAAGCAGUUUUCUCUAUGGGGAUUUCCCAUCUGCAUCUCUGAUUUAGCAAAACCAGGUCUCAUUAUAAGUUUAUUCCUUCCAUAAAGCCUCUGUCUUUUUUUCUUUUUUAGUCAGUUUAUUAGGAUCCUCUGAGGAAAGGCUUAAGAGGCAUUGGGCAGAGUUGAUGACCCAGGUGCGCUUCAUGCUGCAGUAGUAGCCUGGAUAUUUUGUUAGAGCUUGUUUGCUUCCUUGCAAAAUCCUGUAGUGGCUCAGGAGCAGCACUAGCCGGGCCCUGCUCUACAGCAGCAGGUUUUCCAAGCACCAGGGAGGCAGGAACACAGGGGCUGUGCUGCUAGUGCUGGUAUUUUCUUUAACAUCUGUAGUGACUCUCAGUAUAUAGUGUUUGAGAUCUUUAGUCAGCUCUUAAUCAUAUUCAAAGUUAGGGAAAAAAAAAAAAAAGGGAAAAAAACCAAAAAAAUCAGUCCAUGUCAGCCACAAGUAAAAUAAAAAUGGAGCAAUUAAAAUCAAAUAAAUGCAAGAUCCUUUUUCACUCAUUCCAUGCCAGGGCAAUAAUCCUGGAAUACACUUCAACUGCUGGAAAAUGCUGGUGUGUUUUGGGGGUGGAAAGUUGACAGAUCUUGUCCAGAUGGGGUUCAAGACAGAAGCGAGAGGGCUGAAGCCUCUGGGCAGCCAAAGCGACGCUCAGGAAUGGGAGCUGUGGCCCCUGCCGGGCUGGGCUGUGUGUGCCGGCAUUCCAGCAGCCAGCCCAGCCCCUGGGGAGAGGCUCAAUCCCUUCCUCAGCUCCGGACCUGCCUUAGCCCAUUCCUGCCUCUCUCCAUCCCGUCCUCAAGGUUAUGCUGCAUUCCAGGGUUGCUCCUCUCUGUCCCCAGGGUGGAUGACAGAGCCUGGCCUCGCUCAGAGUGUGCCAGGAGCGACUCCAGCCCCAGCCCUUCCCUGGGAGAAGCCUUCCCCUGGCUCCAGGGGCAGGGGAGCUCCUUGGAGUGGGAAUGGAGCUUGGAGCCCUGCUCCUGAGAAGUUUCUGUUGCCUCUGGAGGAGGAGCAUUGCUGCGAUCGCUGUCUGAUUUCAAUGAGAUUCUAUACUUGUAAAAAAAAAAAAAAAUCAAUAAAGACUAAACCAGAACAUGUGUUGGUUUCCUGUUCCAAACGGUGCUAAUGGAGCUCCAGCAGUGCCUUUAAACAAUUCUGGCUGAAGGAUGUUGUCUCCUGCUUCUCCAGAUGAGUUUUGCCCCACUGAAAUAAAGGUGAGGUUUGCCAUCAGCUGCUCCCAGCUCAGCUUCCACGGCUGGAUCCCAGUUCCAGUGGCAGGCAGACACAGGAGACUCAUCUCCCUAAUUUAUCAGGAGUUAAACUUCAGCCAGGGAGAUGGUAAGUGAGGAACUAUAGAGUGAAAAUCAAGAUUAAUCAUUGGUCUGGACAUGUUCCAACACAUGACAUUUUA